AUGUGGACGCGACAUCACACGUUCCAACAGGAGGUCGCACGGAUCUGGGAGACGGAAGUUGAUGCUUGUGGAAUGAGGAAGCUUCAACUCAAGCUCGCAUUGGCUAAAGGAGCUCUCAAAGUGUGGAACAAGGUGGUUUUCGGCAACAUCUUCGAAAAAGUUAGGGAAGCAGGGGAUAGAGCCUCUCUCGCUCAAGCUGAAUUCGAACGAGACCCCUCCCCAGCAAACAGAAGCAUCCACAACCAAAGAGGAGCUGAAUACCUACUCACCCUCAAGAUGGAGGAGGACUUCUGGAAACAAAAGGCCGCGGUCAGGUGGAUCGUUGAAGGGGAACGAAACACCCGCUAUUUCCAGGGAAGAGCAAAACAAAGGAAAAUCCGAGCAAGAAUUCAUGAAGUCUCGGACAACAGCAGACAAAUCACAGGGGAUGAAGAACUACGCUCUUCGACGGCUUCUUUCUUCAAACAGCUCCUCACCUCAGAGGAUAUUCCACUACAUGAACCUAACCUUGAUCUCAUUCAACCUCUCCCGAUAAAUUGCGAAGUUGGCAGGAUCGAGGAGUCUCCGCUUGAACCAGAGGUGAAACAGGCAGUGUUUGAUAUUGCUGCAGAUGGAACGCCUGGACCGGAUGGAUUUUCAUCCCUCUUCUUCCAAACCUGCUGGGAUAUCGUCGGCAAGGACGUUACAGAGGCAAUUCAAGACUUCUUCGGCGGAGGAACCAUGCCAAGAAGCUUUACUUCCACAAUGAUUGUGCUUAUCCCAAAAAAGGAGAAACCGGUGACAUGGUCGGACUAUCGGCCGAUUAGCCUUUGCAACAUCACAAACAAAAUCAUCUCAAAAAUCCUGGCAACAAGGCUUGGGCCCUUCCUGCCCUUGGUUACUUCCCCAAACCAGAGUGGUUUCAUCAAAGGACGACUGCUUAGUGACAAUGUCCUUCUGGCGCAAGAACUCAUUCAUAAUCUGGGAAACUGUUCUCCUACGCCGAACCUCGCACUUAAGCUGGAUAUGACCAAAGCAUACGACCGGGUCCAAUGGAGCUUCCUCCUCAGGAUCCUCACCAGAAUGGGCUUCCCCGCACGAUGGAUUGACAUGGUGGACAGGUGCGUAAAUAAUUGUUGGUUUUCAGUUUUAAUUAAUGGAGCACCUGCAGGUUUCUUCAAAUCUACACGAGGCCUCCGGCAAGGCGACCCGCUAUCACCGGCACUCUUCAUCCUAGCGGCAGAGUACCUUUCUCGAACUUUAGACAAGCUCAUCCUUGGGAGACGAGAGAUGGCUUUCAUCACCACUAGGCAUGCACCACAAAUAUCCCACCUCGCCUACGCUGAUGAUCUGAUUGUGUUCACACAAGCCAAGGAAACCUCCCUGCGGCAGCUGGUGCAGACUCUCGGCCUUUAUGAAAAGGUCUCGGGGCAGAUGAUCAAUGCAGAAAAAAGCCACUUUUUCCUCGAUGAAAAACACACUGCAUGGGCCCCGAGGAUUAAAAGAAUAGGAGGCUUUCAACAGGGAAAACUCCCGUUUAUCUACCUGGGGGUGCCGAUCUUUAAAGGAAUCAAGAAAAAUGAUAUGUUCCUCUUCCUCUGGAACAAGAUCUCGGAAAGAAUCCACUCCUGGUCCCACAGAUUCCUAUCUUUUGGAGGAAGACUUACCCUAAUCAAAAGCACAUUAGGAGCUAUUCCACUCCAUAUCUUCCAAGUACUUGAGCCUACAAAGGAGGUGAUUAAAAAACUCGAAAGCCUUAUGGCGCGGUUCUUCUGGGGAGCGACAGGUGAAGGAAGGAAAACUCACUGGAUAAACUGGGAUCUAAUUUGCCACCCUUAUGAUGAAGGAGGCCUUGGUAUUAGGAAGUUGCAGGAAAUGACGGAUGCCUUCUCGAUGAAGUUGUGGUGGAGACUACGGGAACAAGGAUCACUAUGGGCGAAAUUCAUGAUGCUAAAAUAUUGCUCAAAAGCUGCUCCGUCUAAGGUAAAGUACACGGGUAGGAACAGUCCUACGUGGAAGCGCAUCCUCAAGGCUGGGGCGAAGGCUCAUCACCUCAUCAAAUGGUCCCUGGGGGAUGGUGAAAUCAAUGUGUGGGAAGAUAUCUGGUUCGGAGAUCAGCCCCUCAGUUCACAUUGCAACCCCUUUGCAAUACUCCCACUUAUGAAGGUCAACAAAUUUUGGUGUGGAGCUCAAUGGAACAUGGGAAUGCUGCAGGGCAUUUUGGGGCCGCUGGGAGUACCUAGGGAGUUAAUCGAGGCUAUUAAGGAUAUCCCGAUCGAGGAAGGAAUGCAAGACAGAAUGAGAUGGAGCUUGACUCCACGUGGAAACUUCUCUGUCACUUCGGCGUGGGAACUCUGCAGACACCACCACCCCCAUACUCCGGUCUUUGGGCUCAUUUGGAAUAAACACCUCCUCCCCUCUAUGUCAAUUUCCAUCUGGCGGCUGCUUGCGAACAGGAUCCCGGUAGAUGAAAAACUACAAUGGAGAGACGUCUCGAUUGCCUCGAAAUGUCGCUGCUGCAAGAAACCCCAAACGGAAUCGAGACAGCACCUCUUCCUCAAUGGGGAUAGAGCGAGGAAAAUCUGGCUAAAAUUCGCACGUUGGUUCCCCAACGCGCCUAGAAUUGAUUUUGGAAGUACCAACUUUGAACGAAGGAUCAGAACGUGGAGCCGGAACCUCGUUCAGCCGGCCAAGGAUCAUGUCAGCAUCAUCAUCUCGUGUGUUAUUCUAUGGUUUCUAUGGAUUGAACGAAACAACCAUAUCCACAAUGAGACAACCUUUAGCGUCGCCCAGAUCGAGCACCGAGUGGUGCUGCAUCUCCAGCAUGCCACCCGUGCUGGAACCUUGUCAAGAAAACAGUGGGCGGGGUGUUCACCAGCGAUCGAUAUCCCGCUGAAGCUGCCCUCCCUGCAGUCAGAAAACAGACCAAGACCGGUGCUCUGGGUACGGCCACAACCAACAUGGAUUAAGCUCAACACGGAUGGUACUUUCCUGCCAGCGACGGAGAGUGCAGGGGGAGGUGGUAUCCUCCGGGAUGAUCAGGGAGAAAUUAUCAAGGGCUUUCACCAGCCGCUUCAAGCGUUCUCGAGCAUGGAAGCUGAACUCCUUGCUCUUGCACAGGGUCUUGAGAUGGCGAGAGAAGUGGGGAGAAACAUUUGGAUUGAAUUGGAUGCAAAGGUAGUAGUGGAUAAUAUCAUUGGUGGAAACCUCGGAGCAGCAACAAAUCGACAUGUAAUGGCCAGAAUCAGAAACGAUCUUCAAAAAUUCGAGUGGAAGAUCUCACACAUCCACAGGGAAGGCAAUAAGGUGGCAGAUAAGUUAGCCUCCAUGGGCUGCCAAGAGCAAUCCCGAGUUACUUUCAGUAGGAACUCGGCCCCCCCCUCUUGUCAAAGCGUUAGCGCGAAUGGAUUAGCUGGGAAUCCCAUCCUUCCGCCUCCACCCCCCUUAAAUUUUAGCUUUUCCAGUGAUUGA